AAACAACCACCUGCAGAACCUAUAAUUGAAGAUGCAGAGCCGCCGUUGGAGUUGCCGCCUUAUACAGAGGAGCAGAGCAAGCUUAUUCUAAAUGCAAUAAACCAACAAGGUGCUGAGCAACUAGUAAGAUAUGAUAUAACAAAAGCGCGUGUUAACAAACUGAACAACUGGAAGACGCGAAACGGUCCACUGCGGGAGCUAAGUGAUAUAUUCCUCAUUGAUGGCUUUGGCUUAAAGGUGGUUACCAAGUUUUAUAAAAGUUUGCUGGAACCGGCGCCCAGUGCUUCGAGUGGCACUAAAACUACAAAGGCUUCCCGGACAGCGCCAUUUAUUACACCAGCUUUAGAUGAGCAGCAAAGGCUGCGCAUUUCGUCCACUGUUGGAGUGCGGAUAGGAGUUACGAGCGUUAGUUGGGCAAGGCUGGAAUUGCCACAGACUAAAUACUCACCUAGUCUGCUGACUCACUGGCAGCAUCACGAAAUAAACGACAAGAAAUUACAUCUGGUCGAGCUUGUGCGCCGUUGCCUUUAUGUCGCUCAUCAAAUACCCCAAGCUGAUUGCUAUGUCCUGGAGAACCCACAAAUGGCACAGGCCAGCAGCAAUCCCGGCAGCAUUGACCAACAGAAUGUGAACAUCCAGAAGGCGCAAGUCACUUCGAUGCUAAGCUACGCUUUGAUGUCGCGCACCAGUUCCGACGAGAGCAAAACAAACGUCUUUUACCUUCGUCGCUUUCUUACCGCACGCCUUUUCAAUCAUCUGGUGGGAACUGAACGCGUUUCCUCAGAGGAAACAAUUCUUGGCAUGAUGCGGACGUACUAUAAUAUGGAGGAUUAUCGAGAUCAAGACGAACAGAGUAAUCUGCAAAAUCAAGUGCAGUUUCCUUCAGAUUUGCGCACAAUGUACUCCAAGGUUGAGCGCUAUCAAAGGGAGCUGCUUGGGCAGGCUUUUCUGUUAAAUUUGGCUUUUCUCCGCCUUGUGGUUCUGCGGGAUCAGGUGAGCAUUGCAAGUGUAUCGCGGAACUCCAAGAAGCUACCCAGCGAACAGGAACUGGAAUAA